UCUUGUGUCUGUGACUGUGAGUCUGUCAAAAAAUGACAUGUAAACAAUUCUUGAGGUUAUGUGGCAUGAACUUGUUUUGCUCAAAUUUCAAAAGUGUACCUAAAAUAAAAUGAAAUAAGAAUUUAUCCUAUGCAAGUUACGCUUAUAAUAAGCACCAAUAACAUAAACAACCAUGUCACGACGAUAUUUAAUGUGGUUUGCACACGAACAUUUAGAUUUUCGUCAUGCUGAAAUGCACAGUAUUCUGUCCUUGUUGAAUAUAAACAUAAAGUUCAUUGAAAAACCGUCGAUAGAUAAACCAUAUUGGAUAGUAGAACUACCAUCGGAGUCUUGUGUGAAAAAAAUAGCAUCGAGGUCAGUUUUGUUAAAGAAUUGCAUAGAAUUAUGGUCACGAGCCAAAAGUGAAACAAGAUUACACGAAAACCUUAAAAGUGCUGUGAAAAAUAUAUCGGGACAGUGGAUAGUCCCAACUUCGAAUGAAGAUGUCAGUGAUACUCAUAUUUGUCCAAGUGAGCUCCUAGAAGCUUGCAGUGGGAAAGAAAAUUCUUUCAAGAUAGAUGUAGAAACAUUUUGUAAGCAUUUUACUAUGAAAGAAAAAGUUGAUAAGAUAGAGACAUUCAGUUAUUUACCACUAGAAGGGCCAGUGAAGCUUAAAAAUCCUGACAUCACACUCUCCUAUAUUGAGUUCUAUGGAGUGGAUCCAAAUAAUGUACCAGAGCAACCUUGUGACUUAUUUUUUGGAAGAUGGGUAGCAGAUGGUCAAAGAGAUCUCAUACAAACACAUUCAUUGAAGAAGAGACAGUUUAUUGGAAACACAAGUAUGGAUGCUCAGUUGUCAAUCAUCAUGGCAAACCAGGCUCAAGUGGCAAAUGGUGAUCUUGUGUUGGACCCGUUUGUUGGCUCUGGCUCUUUGUUAGUUGCUGCUGCACAUUUUGGAGGAUAUGUAUGGGGCUCAGAUAUUGAUUUUAUGAUGUUACACGCCAGAACAAGGCCGACGAGAGUUGGGCAAAAGGUGCGACACAAAGAAGAAAGUAUAAAAGGAAACAUGAAACAAUAUGGAAUCCAGUCGCGGUACUUGGAUGUUGCAGUCAGUGACUUUUCUUUACCUAUGUGGAGAGAUGAUUUAAAAUUCGACGCUAUACUAACUGAUCCUCCAUAUGGUGUACGAGAGCCAACAGAAAAGAUAGGGAUAGAAAGAGACAACUAUUCGUUGUUAGAAGAGCACUUAGAUAAUCACAUACCUUCCAAAGUCGAAUAUGGCCUACCACAUAUUUACAGUGACUUGUUGAACUUUGCUGCUAAGCAUUUGAGGAUUGGCAGGCGGCUUGUGUGUUGGUACCCUUUGGUUAGAGAAGAGUACCGCGAAGACCAGCUACCAUCGCAUCCAUGUCUAGAACUGGUAGCUAAUUCUCAGCAAGUACUGUCCAAACUAACCGCGAGGAGACUGCUCACUUACCAGAAGAUCAGUGACGAAAUACCCAACAUGCCGCACGAUCCUAAUGCUGGAGCGCAUAAUUUUAGAGAUAAAUACUUUGCUGUUGGUGAAAUAUCAAGGCGGGAAAAGAAAGAGAGGCGUGCGGAAGAAAUAGCCAACAGCGCUAUCUACAUCAAAGCAAAACAAGAGAAGAGUUUAAAAGAAUAAAAUAUUUUUUAUUAAA